ACUGCAUUAAAUCUCAUCUGAGAACUGACUUUUAUUUGCAUAGCACCACCCACGAUUCCAAAACUAACACGAAAUGAAAUAUUUGCCUAACAGUAAGAGCCUGAAUGAGAGAUGUGGGACUCCAGUAGGGUCUUAAAAUUGCAGUUUAUUGUAUGCAAUAUAUUACAGCAGUCCAGAGUCGUGGCUGGCAGAGCCUGUGCCUACAGCUGUCAGCUCCAGCUGGAGUCCAGCCUGAAGACCUUUUAAUUUUGGUUACAAUGCAGGAUAUACUUUUCCCUGCUGAGCAUCUUAAUACAUAAGAACUGAUCUAUACCUUAACUUUUAUCUCUAGCCUAUCAUAACUACUAUAAUUACCAUAUUCAUGUUACUAUUCUCCAAUCACUAAAAGUUACCAUGUUACAGUUUAUGCUAGAAGUUGUUUUUCAGUUUUCUUGCAGUGGUAAAUUCUGAGACCUUUUUUCUACUAGCAAUAUCUUGCUUGCCUGUGGAAUCUUUUUGCUUGGUAAAACAUCUUCCUGUCUGAGGUGGGUUUAUCCUUUGCUCUAAGCCAUAAAAACCCCUUCUAAUUAACAUACCCUUUGCCUUCUCAGAUAUCCAGCAAGACUGCCUCAGCAAUUCUUUUCUUCUAUAUCAAAACUUGCUUUCGUCUCUAUUCCUUCUUCAGAUUCUACAUUCAAAAAUCUUUCUGCCAAGCAUCCAUAUCUGUGACAUUUUCUUGUCAAACUUUCAUCCGUCCCAACACAAAACCACGCCCAAAACUGCACCCAAACGCUAGUCCGGCUCUCACCUUAAACCAGCCAAUCACAGCACGGGAUUCACACCGUAUUUGCAUAGCCACGCCCUCCCCGGCCACCGCCGGCCCCGUCCGGGCGCUGUUUGCUCCCAGUUCCCUCCCAGUGCUCCCAGUAAGAGCGGUCUCGGCAGGGAAAGCGCUCCCAGUUCCUUCCCGCUGCUCUCAGGAUCGUUCCCAGUGCUCUCGGUAUCGCUCCCAGUGCCGCGCGGGGCGGGGCCUCAUUGGAACACAGCCCCCCCAGGGCAGAGCGCGGCUGCUUUUGGGUGCCGGCGCUGCCCGGGCCGGGCUGGGAGCGGAGGAGCAGCGGGAGGAAGAGGAGGGACAGAGGAGGAGCAGCAGCAGCAGCAGCAACAGCACGCGGUUUCCCCGCUCCGGCCGCAGCUGCCCCGGCUCCUGCUGCAUCGCCCCCUCCGGGAGCCGCAGAAUUUCCGAUACACAAACAUUGUCCCGAUGGAGGAAGAGGAGGCCACGAGGAAGAGGAAGAUGGCUCCGGAGCCCCAUGCAGGGAAGGAGUUGCGGAGGGAGACCAGGCAGGACAAAUCUCCGCAGCAGAAUCUCGUGGAAGAGGCUGUUUUGAGUGGCUCCAUGGCGCAAGAACCCAACGGGGAGGAAAAGCCUCAGAGAUCCCUCACGAGGAGGGGCUGCAAACGCAGAUCACGGGGAUCCGAGGAGGAAAGACCCAACCUGGACCGGGGAGGAGGCCAGAGCUCAGAUCUGGGGGUCCAUCCCCAGGAUGGGGAGAAGCCCCACAAGUGCUCGGAAUGUGGGAAGAGCUUCAGGAGGAAAUCCUGCCUGGUCGUCCACCAGAUGCUCCACACUGGGGAGAGGCCCUACGAGUGUGAGGAGUGUGGGAAGGGCUUCACCGAGAAAUCCAACCUGGUUGUCCACCUGAGGAGCCACACUGGGGAGAGGCCCUACGAGUGCGAUCAAUGCAAGAAGACGUUUCUGAGUAGCGGUGAUCUCAUUGUGCACCAGCGCUCACACACAGAUGAGAGGCCCUUCCGCUGCCUCGACUGUGGGAAGAGCUUCAACCGCAUCUCCACCCUCAACAGGCACCGGCACAUCCACACUGGGGACAGGCCCUACGAGUGUGAUAAAUGCAAGAAGCGGUUUCAGAGGUCCUUCCAUCUCCUCCGUCACCAGCGCAUUCACACAGACGCGAGGCCCUUCCGCUGCCCUGAGUGCGGGAAGGGCUUCAAGCACAACUACACCCUUGUCACUCACCAGCGCAUCCAUACUGGGGAGAGGCCCUAGGAGUGUGAGAAAUGCAAAAAGAGGUUUCAGAGCUGCUGCCAUCUCCUCAAACACCAGUGCAUUCACACAGAGGAAAGGCCCUUCCACUGCCCAAACUGCAGGAAGGGCUUCAGCGAGUACUGCACCCCUGUCAAGCACAUCCACACUGGGGAGAGGCCCUAUGAGUAUGCGCAGUGUGGGAAGAGCUUCUCCAGUACCUCUCACUUGACUAGACACCAACAGAGCCAGCACUAAGGACAGCCCUGUGAGUGCCUCGAGUGCGGGAAGAGCUUCAUGUGCUGCUCCAUUCUCCAUGGGAGGAUCCAUGCUGGAUGAUCCCCGGUGAGCCCUGGUGGGCAGAGCCCUGGUGAUCCAUAGUGUUAUAAAUGAGCACAACAGGCUAUUGGAGCCAAUUCAAAGCCAAUUUAUUAUUACAGAAAAGAAAAAGCAAACUGCAGCGCUGGGCAGCAGGGGAGUCUUCGCUCCACCAACUGCCGCGCCGAGGGUUGUCCCGUUCUCCUUUUAUGCCCCCAUCCUUCCUCCUUCCGGUGUCUCUCUCCGCACAUGUUUGCUUUGCUGCCAGGGGGUCUUCUCCUGCCUUCUGGUGGUCGCUGAUGAAGGUCCUUGAUGGUCUUCUUCCGUGCUUUCUCUCCUUGAGCCUAAGACUUGGAACAACUUGCGGUUGAUUAGCUCGGCAGUGUUUGUCUUUUGCGGUUUCUCAAGUUCGUAAGCUAGUUAUCACAUUCUAACUGGCAGUUACUUAUUUACACUAUAUUCUCCCCCGGUUUCUAGUGAACAACAAGGUCAUGUUCCCCUCACAGUCAUCACAUUCCAACUGACAGUUACUUAUUUACAAUAUAUUCUCUUUUGUUUUUAGUGAACAAAAAGGUUAUAUUUUUAUUACAAUCCCCUCUUCUUCUAUUUUACUCUUUUUGUUCACUGAAUUUGGCAAGCUCUCUUUUGCUGAGUUUCAGGUAAUCUUCUGUCUCCCCUUCAUUCAAAGGUUCAUAUUUCGCCCUAAUGAGCAUGAGAUGGGCAGCUUCUAAUCUUCUUUUUACUAUGUUAAUUAGUUUGUUGAAAAUACAGGGCCCGAAGGUCAAUGUUAAGAUGAAUAAUAUUAGGGGUUCUGCUAUAGUGGACAAGAGUGUUGUGAGCCAAGGAGAGUGGUUGAACCAUGAUUCAUACUAGCUUUGCUGCGCUUUCCUUUCCUUUUUACGUUUUUCUAAUUGCUUCUUGAGCUCGGCCAUGGUAUCUAUUACUAUUCCAGUGUGAUUUGCAUACAUGCAACAUUUUUCUCGUAAUGUUACACACAGCCUUUUUUGUUGCAAAAACAGUAAGUCUAACCCUCGUCUAUUUUGGAGCACUACUUUUGAUAAUGAUUUUACUGAUUUUACUAGUCCAUCUAUGGCCUUUUCAAUUCUACUUAAAUCUUUAUCUACUGACACUCUUAGGUCCCUCAUUCCCUUCUGCUGGUUUACUAGAGCGGCUGCCCCUGUUCCUACUCUUGCUUUUCCUAUCCCUAGCAAUAUAGCUAGCGUGAGAGCUGAGGCUGUGAAGGGCUCCCUUUUCAUUAAAUGAUAUUCGGACACGGUCUGAUGUUUUUAUACGUACUCCUUUGGGUGAUAUAUAACCCGGGGGAGUAUCACCGCCUGUAUGCAGUACUCGGAAGAUUCGUUAAAAUGAGGUAUGGAUAUGCAUGGAGUUAUUCCCAAAGUAUUACACAACCAUUUGGCAUUUUCUGCCGGGAGGAGCCAUUGAGCGGGUUGUCCUUUUCCUUUUCUGGUGUCUGCUAUGAUGUUACACAAAUGUUGUUUGUCCUUGGGGAUCUUCCUUAUACAUUUCCCUUUCCCUGUUACUUGAGCUACUGAUAUACCUGGAGUUCUAUCUGUUCCCUUUUUCCAAUAACAUUCUCGUGGAUUAGAUCUAUUAAUUCUGCGAAGCUCUGCUGUAGUACUUAUAGCCUCGUAGAAGGGAGGAGCAACAGCAAAGCACAACCAACAUUCUUUUGUCAAAUUUGGGUUUGUAUGGUUUAAAACUCCAAAUGCUGCUUGCAUUACUUUUUAUAACUUGCUAUGCUCUUGGGUGAUUUGGUUAGUUAGUGGCUACUCACUUGAUCCCGCGGUGGAAUUUUCUACCUCGGAAGUGUUUGUAUUCUGUAUUUCUCUAGUUAUUAAGUUAUUAGGCCCCACCGCUCGACUAUCUACUGGUGCUGCCUCCUUCUUUAUCAAAAUCAUCUUUCCUCUAUCUUUUUUUGGUUCUCAGAGUUGUAGACCCCAUGUUCUCCCUAUGAACCAACUAGAAUCUUCAGGUUGUGUUACAUUUAAACAUAUGUACUGGCACUACUGCGAGUUUCUUCUCUGUAUUAUCCCAUCAUACCCAUAACGUGGGUCCUGACAUCCUGGGGGCCCACGGUUCACCCUUAAGUAUCUAUCUGGCCCUCCUCCGGGGGAGAAUCCCAGUGCUAUAGUCUCACAUUCCCAAUAUGCACAAUAAUUAUAUCUAGGGUAAUUACAAUAAGACUUCCCGGGAUUCGAGGUUGGACACAUGUAAAAGGCUUUAUAUCGUCUCUGGGGGUUGUGGGGGCUUGUUGUAACAUCUCUGGGCCAUAUGGUGAGCAAUUCAGUUAAGUAAACACAAAAGGCCGGGGCUCCUGGUUGGGUAAGGUUUUUGAUUACUUUCUGAUCUUCCUAUCUAACUAGAGACUAUUUAAAGGGCUCGUGCGACACGCUGGCUUUUGCUCCACACAUCAUUAGCAUUAUCUACACGUUCCAGCUCCACUUGGAAAAAUGGAAGGACUUACUGCCAGAGUGGUUCAUUCUAUUAGUUUUCUGCUUUGCUUUCUCCCCUCUGUUAUUCCCCUCGCUCAGUUUCGCCAUCGUCAUAUUGUGGUCUUUAUUUCUGGUGCCGUGUAAGAGUCACCUUUCCCCAUGGAUCAUUCUUCUGCCUAACCCGUCAACUCGGUUGCUCCGAGCUACGGGGUAACUUAUCUUCUCGGCAGCAAGAAUUCUCUUUGGGGAUGGGUUCAACUCUUCUCUUCCACUUUCUUUCUGGCACUUGGUCUCUAAAAUAUCGACAGCAGGCAGAAUAAAGGGCUCGAUAGGGUGAUAACAGUAAAGCUCUGGAUCCAUUUUUUUAGGAUAGAUUUUCUGCCACGCAAGGGGUUUCUUUCUUAAUUCCUAGGUGGCUACUUUAUAUUUCAAAACCUCGGUUGGUUAGAUCCCUUUAUUAUUCUCGACAGGGUGGGUGUACACCUCGGGGAACCCCUCCUCCUCUGGCAGUGAAUCCACUACUUCUCCUUACAACUAAGUUUACAGUUAUCAGCUAUAAGUAUAAUUUUGCAACCCGGUCCGCUAAAGCGUCCUCUGGAGUCUUGCCUUCUGGGAUAGGUCUUAUUACUGAAGUUCUCAGGGAGGGAACCGUAUAUAAACAUUUAGUACUCACUAUGAGAGAGUGAGCUAUCUCUGAACACUUACGCAGCUAUCCUUUGACUUCCCAUCGAGCCCAGGCUAAUAACAAUUGUUCUGGGGUUUCAUAAACUGCCUUAAAUUGAGAAUAGGGUACUCUAUUUUCCUGCUCUAGUGCAAGACUCCAGUCGUCCUCUCUGAGGUCUCUACUCCGACAUUGUCUACACCGCAAUUCAUUCAAUACCUUUUGUACUGUCUAAUACACUUUAUGGCAACCCUCGUACCUGAACGCUACCUAUGUUUUGCAGCACUCUUUGCCGCAAUUACAACAUGGACUGCGUCUAAGGGGUCGGAACGAAGGUUCUUCUUGAUAUUUAUAAGUUUCAAUCUACCAAACUCAAUUGUCUGGGGGGUUCGUUAUGGCCUCUCGAGCUGCCGAAUUGAAGCGUGCUAAACUUAGUAAAUAUGGUUGCAGAAUUAAUGACAGUUUCUGUUGGACUUUCCUUUGGUCAGCCCGUCCUAGUCUUUCCUAUUGCUCAGUCAUCAGGAUGAUGUCCCAUUUCUGGGGUUUUAGUGAGAGUUAGUUUUAGGCCGUCUGGGGGUCCUUUUAUUCUCCACUGAGGGUUCUGUGGAUGUUCAGGGAAGUUGGAAGGGUUCACUGGUCCUUUUAUCUUGCUGGCGUGAGUCCACCUUCUUUCGGCUGUCCCUACAGCAGUGUCUGUGGUAAGCAGGGUGAGAUAUGGGCCUUCCCACUUUGGGGUUAAAGGGUUUUCUUUCUAGCUUUUGAUUAACACCCAGUCUCUUGGCUGAAUUUGGUGUAAUACAAGAUUUAGAGGAGGUCUUUGGGCCCACAUUCUUUUUUCCCACAAACUUUUUCUGUACUUUGCCAAAAUAGUUAAGUAGUGGUUCAAAUUCUGAUCACUUAUAUUGGGAUUUGACUGUACUUUUUCUAGGUUAUAAGGCAUCCCAUACAACAUUUCAAAAGGAGAUAGGCCCAUAUCUGCUCGUGGCUGUGUCCUAACAUUCAGCAGGGCCAGCGGUAUACAUUUUACCCACGACAACUUGGUCUCUAAUACUAAUUUGGUUAAUUGCUUUUUUAUUUCCCUGUUCAUUCUCUCCACCCGUCCCGAGCUUUGAGGAUGAUAGGGGGUAUGUUGUUCCCAUUUUAUUCCCAGUGCAUUAGCCAAAUCUUGUGUUACCUUUGAGGUAAAAUGUGGCCCUUUAUUUGAAUCUAUAGUCUCAGGUACCCCAUACUUUGGUACUAUUUUUUCUAGCAAGGUUUUUACUACAGUUUGGGCAGUUUCUCUAGUAGUUGGGAACGCCUCCACAUAGUGUGUAAGGUGGUCUACUAUCACUAAAAGGUAUCUGAUUCGCCCCACUUUAGGUAGUUCUGUAAAAUUAAUUUGUAUAUUCAAAAAUGGCCUUUUUGCUAAAGGCCGCCCUCCAGGAGGUAAUUUCCUCAAGUUGCUUCGAUUAACUCGUAAACAAGUGGGACAGCUCUUGGUGAUAUACUUAGCAAUGUCGUGUAACCCAAUAGUCAUGUACUUAGUUGCGAAAUGGUCUGCUAACCCUUGGGCUCCCCAGUGUGUGCUUUGGUGUAAUUUAUACAGAAUUCGUUGGGCUACUUUGGGUAAUAUUUCCCGCCGCCUAUCCUGGGUUAUCCAUUUCCUAUUAUUCUUGGACAAUUCUAGUUUUUUUAACUUAUCUUCUUCUUUGGGGGUGAAGACUAAUUUUGUAUUUGCCCUUUGUCUAUCUUGCUCUCCUGAGUUUUCCCUUAAAACCAUUUCCUUUGCUGCUGCCCAUUUUGCCUCUUGAUCUGCUGCAUUAUUACCCCUAGUCUUGAGGUCUGUUCCUGUUUGGUGGCCUUUCAGAUGUACUACAGCUAUCCUUUUUGGCUCCUUCAGGGCUUGCAAUACCCCAGCUAUCAAUUGCUGGUGAACUAAUCUCUUCCUUUGUGAGUUGAUUAGUCUCUUUUCUUCCCAUAGUUUUCCGAAGGUAUGUACUACUCCAAACCCAUAUUUAGAAUUAGUAUAUAUUGUUCCCUCUUUUCCUUUUAAAAGUUUUAAAGCCCGAAGGAUGGCGUACAGUUCACAGGCUUGUGCUGACCAAGAUUUAUCCAAGGCUUCUGAUUCCACUACUUGUAAGCCUUUGCCCUCAAUGAUGGCGUACCCUGAUUGCCGUUUCUCUUCUAUCACCCGGGAGGAUCCAUCUACAAACAACCUUUCUCCUUUAUCUAAUUCUUCUUCUUCCAGAUCAGGCCUGAUCUUGGUUUGUUCCUCAAUAGUUAUCAAGCAAUUGUGUGUUAAAGGUUCUUGCUCUAUGCUCCCGAACAAAAAGGUAGCUGGAUUUUGAAUUGCAGUUGUUUCUAGGGUAAAAUUUGGUGCUUCUAGUAAAAUCCUUUCAUAUUUUAGGAGCCUAGCAUCAGAUAUCCAUUUGUCCGCUUUCUGUUGCAUUACACUCUUGAUAUUAUGGGGAGAGUAAACCUUAAGGCUACUGUUGAAGGUAAUUUUCUUAGCUUCUUCAACUAGUAAGGCGCACCCAGCCAAUAUUUGUAAACAUGUGGGCCAUCCUCUGCUUACGGGGUCCAAAAGUUUUGAUAAAUACGCUACAGGUUUCUUUUUGUCUGCCCAUUCUUGGGUAAGUACUCCGAAGGCAACUCCUCUCUCUAUAUUGACAAAUAAAUAAAAGGGUCUUUUUAAAUCAGGGAGGCUUAAAACAGGGGCAUGUACUAAACUUUCUUUCAGUUCUUUCAAAUUUUCAGUAUCUUUUUGAGUCCAUUUCAUCAAUCCAUCCUGAGUCAGUUUUUGAUACAAGAAUCUGGCCUUGCUACUGUAGUUUUCAAUCCACUGUCUACAGUACCCUGUUAAACCCAAGAUUUGCCUGAUUUGUCUCUUAUUCUUGGGUAUUGGUAAUGAUAAAAUAGCCUGUACCCUUUCUGGGUCUAUUCUUUUCUCACCCCGUCUCAAAUAGUGCCCUAAAUACUUUACUUCUUCUUCCACAAACUGUAAUUUAGCCUUUGAAACCUUUAAACCUUUAAGUCCCAGGAAAUUUAAAAGCCUUAUACUUUCUCUUUUUACUUCUUUCUCUUCUUUUCCUGCUAAUAAUAAAUCAUCUACAUAUUGUAUCAGGGUUACUCUAGCAUCUGUCUGGUAAUUCUCUAGAAUUUGUUCUAAGGCUUGUCUAAAUAAGUUUGGGGAUUUUGUAAAUCCUUGGGGUAAUACUGUCUAUCCGAGUUGUUGUUUCCUUCUAGUUUCUGGAUCUUCUCAUUCAAAGGCAAAGUAAUCUCUACUUGCCUCAUCCAAGGGACAAGCCCAAAAGGCAUCCUUUAGGUCUAUUACACUAUACCAGUGGUUGUCCGGGCUUAGUUUACUCAAUAAUGUAUAAGGGUUUGCUACCACCGGAAAUCUAGCUAUUGUUCUCUUAUUUAUUUCCCUCAGGUCAUGUACUAGGCGAUAGGACCUGUUUGGUUUCUUUACAGGGAGAAUUGGAGUAUUAUAAGGAGACAUGCAAGGUUCCAACAAUCCUUGACUGAUUAGUCGGUCAGUCUCUGGUUUUAACCCUUUUCUCCCUUCUAAGGACAUCGGGUACUGUUUUAUUCUUACUGGAAUCUCCGGGUUUUUAAUUGUUACUUUAAAGGGAGUAAUUUCCAGUCUUCCGGCACUGUCAGGACUAUACCAUACUUCAGGGUUAAUUUUCUUCUCAUUCUCUAAUCUUAAGGGGCACAGCUUGAUCCGAAUCUCCUGUUCUACCACUUCGAUUUGAAUGCCUAAUUCUACAAUCAUGUCUCUACCUAAUAGGUUAUAGUCUGAUUCUGGUACUAAUAAAAAGUUUCCAAUACCCAUUUUGGAAUCUGAUUCCACCGGUACUUCUUUUAUUAUCUUAACUUCAAAAGGUUCCCCUUUUGCUCCCACUACCGUGGCAGUUUCUUUUGAUAAUUUACACCCUUUAGGUAACGACUGGAGCGUAGAUCUCUCAGCUCUAGUGUCGACCAGGAAGAUAACUUCCUGGCCCUGGGGACCCACUUUCAAUUUUAUCAAGGGCUCCCUUUGAUGUUUCUGGGUCUCCAAGAGGUAGAGCCCUUGACCCCCCUAAUCCUCCUUGAACUCUUUCUCAUCUCGGAUCUGCAUCUGGCACUCCCUCUUAAAAUGUCUUCUUCUUCCGCAGUAAAAACACACCUUUAACUCCUGCUUUUCCCUUGGACCUUUCCACCCCCCUGGGGAUGGUUCGUUCCGUCUCGGUUCCCUUCUGCUCUGCUCGAAUCUCCUAUCUAACCCCUGGCUUUCGCGCACUGCUGCCACCAUUAUCCGAGCUUGCCUCCUAUCUCUCUCGUCUUCCCUCUUCACGUACACUUUCUGAGCUUCCCUUAACAACUCAUCUAAUCUUCUAUCUUGCUAAUCUUCCAACUUUUGUAUUUUCUUUCUGAUGUCUUCCCAGGAUUUGGAAACAAAAUGUACCUUUAGUACUGCCUGCCCCAUCUGCCCAUCCGGAUCCAUUCCUGAGUAUAACUGAAAGUUCUUUCUCAGUCUCUCCAGCCAUUCGGUGGGGGUCUCAUCCUUCUUUUGUCUUUCAUUAAAGGCUUUGUUAAUAUUCUGCCCUCUCGGAACAGAUUCCCUAAUUCUUUGCACGAUUAUCGUUCUGAGAUCCUGCAUGUGGACCCUAUGGGCCGGGUUUUGAUGGUCCCAAUUGGGGUUUUGUAAUGGCCAUUUUAUGUCUGCUGCCGGCCCCUGCGCAUGCUGCGUAUCCCAAAUGCGCAUCCCUUCCCUUCUAAUCAUAUUUUUCUCUUCUGCCGUAAAUAAAAUGUUCAGUAUAGACUGUAAUUCUUCCUAGGUAUACAUGUUGGGCCCUAAAAAUUGGUCUACCCGUUCAGCAACCCUAAGCGGAUCUUCCAAGAGGUGUCCCAUUUCUUUUUUAAAUUCCUUGACAUUUCCUGAGCUCAGGGGCACCGACACAAACCCUAUACCUGCUUGUGGUUCCCCCAUAGGCAUCUCCCUUAAGGGGUAUAAACCCUUUUUGGUUCAACUUCGGGUCGCUGGUCCUGUAUACUCAGGUCCAUCCGAAUCUGAGUCUGUCCCUGUCGGUGCAUUCGGAGGGGCUGCUACUUCCUGUUCCUGGGGUGGGGGUACAGAGGGUGGGGGAGGCACUAGGGUUUCUUCUGGUCUACUUCCCUUUUUCCUGCUCUUUUUCCCUUUUGGCACUUCAGAGAGUUUAAAAAGAAACACUUCUGGUCUUUCCACCCACACCUUUGCAUAAUCACUCUCUUCUUCAGUACAGGGGGGUUUUUUGCUGUUUACCCAAAUAUUCAGGAUUUGCCUUACCCAAUCCUCUGAGGAUCCGAAUAUAGGCCAAAAUACACCUUUUGAAAUCUCUUUUCCUCCCCAUACUUCAACACAAUAGUGAAUCAUUUUAGCCUUAUCCUUGCCUUGUGUGUCUGGAAAAUGUUGCUAGUUCUCUAUUAAAAAUCCUAAAGGACUCUCCCUAGGAAUCGGAGGGAGUUUUACAUCGACAGGGGGUUUACUCUUCCCCUGUCCCAUUCUUCCGGAGUGCCUUCUUUCACACAAUCAACUUUCGCUUCCCCUGGUUCGUGGCCCAAGCCCUCGCGGCUCUGUGGGAACCGCACUACUAAGGGUCCACACUCGCUUGGAGAGUCCGGCUGCCAGCCCUCCACACACACACACCACGCACUCGCCGCACUCCGGGAUCCCAACCCCACCCGGACGGAUCCCGUAAUACUUACGCGUCCCGCGUCUUCGUCCGGACUUUGUGCACAAAACCUUUAAGGGGUUUCUUGGGCCCUUAAUCUCCUUUUGCUUUCUCUUUUCCUUCUUUUCGGGGUUCGUCGGUCGGGGCCGAGGCUGAACUCUUCAGCCACUGGGGCCACCAAGCUGGUGGGGCGCCCCCCCAGCGACUGAGAAUCCCCCGCAGCCUCCGAUCCGAGUCACGGCACCAAGCUGUUAUAAAUGAGCACAACAGGCUAUCGGAGCCAAUUCAAAGCCAAUUUAUUAUUACAGAAAAGAAAAAGCAAACUGCAGCGCUGGGCGGCAGGGGAGUCCUCGCUCCACCAACUGCCGCGCCGAGGGUUGUCCCGUUCUCCUUUUAUGCCCCCAUCCUUCCUCCUUCCGGUGUCUCUCUCCGCGCAUGUUCGCUUUGCUACCGGGGGUCUUCUCCUGCCUUCUGGUGGUCGCUCAUGAAGGUCCUUGAUGGUCUUCUUCCGUGCUUUCUCUCCUUGAGCCUAAGACUUGGAACAACUUGCGGUUGAUUAGCUCGGCAGUGUUUGUCUUUUGCGGUUUCUCAAGUUCGUAAGCUAGUUAUCACAUUCUAACUGGCAGUUACUUAUUUACACUAUAUUCUCCCCCGGUUUCUAGUGAACAACAAGGUCAUGUUCCCCUCACAGUCAUCACAUUCCAACUGACAGUUACUUAUUUACACAUAGUGCCUGUGAUCUGGGUUGGGAAGAUACCUGCCUGGGGGCUUCGCAUCCUCCUGGCUCCCUGUGGCCUGGAUUUUUUUUUAAUGUCUCUUUGUCUUUCCAAACACCCAUAUUCAGUGUUAAAAAUAAAGAUGAUGAACUAAGACAAGGAUGUGGACAUGGGAGGACCUUCCAGGGGAUGUGGGGGACGCUGGGUCCGAGGGAGUUGAGGGUUCCUGGACAGGACUUGGGGGUUGCUCAUGGCGUUGGUCACCCCAUGGCCAGUGGCUUCAGCUGCACUGGGAGACCCUGCCAGAGGUUCUGGACCAAGGAGCCCCUUCCCUGGGAAUGUUCCCAUGUUCCCCUGUCCUGGUUCCUGGUGUCCCCUGUCCAUGAUCCCCGUCUUUCUGAUCUCCUGAUGUCCCCUGUCCAGGAUUCACUCCAGUCCCUCAGCCUGUUCCUUUGUCACCCCACUCCCGGUCUCAUCCUGCUGCCAUCCCAGUCCAGAUCUCAUUCCCAGUGUCAUUCCCAGUCCCUGUCCUAUAUUCUCAGUCUGGGUUCCAUUACCCAGUCCCAUAUUCCCAGUCCCUGUCCCAUUCCCGAGGGUCGCCUCUGGCACGGGGCCCUGAGGGCUCCCCAGCUGGGGCUGGCUGUGCCACACGAACCGUUCAGCCCUGCUGCUGUCCUUGGCCAGCUGCAGAGAGCACAAGGCUUUGGGCAUUUCUCAGAGGCCCCCAGCUGGCCGGAGCAGCCCCUCCUGCCAGCAGCCGCUGUGGCUCAGAGCCCUCCCUCAUGCUGGGGCCACGGAGGGGCCAUGGGCCUGGAGGAGGCUCCUGUUCCUGAGGCAGGAGCAAGGCUGCAGCUCCCGGCUCCGGGCCCUGGGCCGCAGCAGCCCAGGGGAGGCCCAGCUGCAGAGCUCACAGCCCCUGCUGGGUUUCGCCUGGGCACUCUGCAGCACGAAUCCCCAUCCCGUAUUCUCUCUGUGGCUGCUGUUUCCGUAUUCCCUGUCCCGCUCCCAUAUUCCCAUUCUCAAUCCCAUUCCCGCUCCCUGUCCCCUCUCACCAGACGCCGCCGCCAUCGCUCCGGCCCCCCCGGCCCUGACACACCAAGGAAACCCCGCGCUGCUGUGGCAAAUCAAUCCCAGCGCGCGAUCGCUCCUGUAUUUGUAUAAGCACAAAUAACUUGUGGUUAUGCAAAUACUUCGCUUUGGCCCUGCCCACUGCCAGCUGUAGCCCCGUCCGGGCGCUGUUUGCUUUCAGCUCCCUCCCAGUGCUCCCAGUAAGAGCAGCACUGGCAGGGAAAGCCCUCCCAGUUCCUUCCCAGUGCUAUCAGGAUCUCUCCUGGUAUUCUCACUAUCGUUCUCAGUGCUCCCAGUAUCGCCCGUUGUGCAUCGCAAGGUGGGGCUGCUUUGGAAGCCCCAAGGGUAGAGUGUGGCUGCUUUUGGGUGUCGGCGCUGCCCAGGCCGGGCUGGGAGCUGAGCAGCAGCGGGAGGAAGAGGAGGGACAGGACGAGGUGGGAGAGGAGGAGUGGAAGGAAGAGGAGCUGCAGAACCACGCUGGUUUCCCGGCCUUCCCACGCCGCUCCGGCCGCAGCUCCCCCGGCUCCUGCUGCAUCGCCCCUCGGGGAGCCGCAGAAUUUCUCAUUUCCAAACCUUGGCCGAAUGAAGGAGCAGGAGACUGUGAGGAAGAGGAAGAUGGCCCAGGAGCCCCAUGCAGGUGAGGAGGAAGUCAGUGCUCCUUUCUCUCUCUCUCCUGCUCCAUCUCCAUCCCAGCACGGCCCACGGCUGCAGGACAACCCCACUGCUGAUGCCAUGGUGCUGGGGAUGCACUGUGGGGAUCUCCUUGCCCUUCUCUGUGGCACGGAGGCAAAUCCCAUCCUCUCCUUGUCCUUCCUCCCCCAUGGAAGGAGCUGAGGAUGGAGACCAGGCAGAACAAAUCCCCACAGCAGAACGUCGGGGAAGAGGCUGUUUUGAGUGGCUCCACAUCAGAGGAAUCCAGUGAGGAGGAAAAUCUCCGGAGAUCCCGCACUAGGAGGGGCUGCAAACGCAGAUCAUGGGAAUCUGAGGAGGAAAGACCCAACCUGGGCUGGGGAGGAGGCCAGAGCUCAGAGCUGGGGGUCCAUGAGCAGCUUCAGGAUGGGGAGAAGCCCCACAAGUGCUCGGAAUGUUGGAAGAGCUUCAGAUGGAGCCCCGAACUGAUCUGCCACAUGAGAAUCCAUACUGGGGAACUGCCCUACGAGUGUGAUAAAUGCUGGAAGAGGUUUCCGACCAGCUCCAGUCUCCUCGGGCAUCAGCGGAGUCACACAGAGGAGAGGCCCUUCUGCUGCCCCAUUUGUGCAAAGGGCUUCAAGCUCAAGUCUGUCCUCAUCACCCACCUGCACAUCCACCGUGGGGAGAGGCCCUAUGAGUGUCCUGAGUGUGGGAAGAGCUUCACCCAGCACUCCACCCUGACUCGCCACCUGAGAAUCCACACGGGGGAACGGCCCUACGAGUGUGCAGAGUGUGGGAAGGGCUUCAAGACGUGCUCUGAACUGACCAUCCACUAGAGAACCCACAAGGGGGAACGGCCCUUUGAGUGUGGGGAGUGUGGGAAAAGCUUCCCAAUAAGCUGCAA